AUGACUCUCCUCUGCACCACCUGGUUUCACCUCCCUCUGCUGGGCUACUCGCUCCUCCUGGUCCCCCGUCUCCGCCUGUUUGUCCUCCUCUACAUUAUCUACGUCAAAUAUUUCUCCAAGGCCCACAAAUCUGGCACAUUGCCCUAUCGCAACGAUGCCUUCCGCACCUCCUUCAUCUGGAAAACCUUCGCCUCCUACUUCCCCCUCACCCUCUACCGUUCUGCUCUCCUUUCUCCGAGGAGGAAAUACAUCUUUGGCUACCAUCCGCACGGUAUUGCCCUGCGCGGGGCAAUGGGUGCUUUUGCAGCCGACGGCGUCGGCUUCUCCUCCCUCUUCCCGGGACUCACUAAUACCCUCCUUAUAAAAGAUGACUGCUUCUACCAGCCCUUCCAGCGAGAAUACCUUCUUGCCACGGGAGCAAGUGGCGUUUCUCGCACCUCAUGCAUCAAGCACCUCACCCGCGGUGGUCACGAUGAGCGAGGAAUGGGUCGUUCCAUUGCCAUCACUGUCGGCGGGAGCCGCGAGUAUAACAUCGCCAAGCCAGGCACUAUGGGGAUCGUGAUCAAGAUCCGCAAGGGGUUUGUACGCGUUGCGGUCGAGACAGGGGCGGAUUUAGUCCCUGUCAUUGCGUUCGGCGAGAACGAGCUGUUUGACUUGAUUGAUACGAAGUCAUCGUCGGCGCUGGGGUUGGUGGCGAGAGUGUGGGAGUUUGUGGUGGGUCAUAGGGUUGCGUUCUCAAAGGGCAGAUUUGGGCUGUUUUGUCCGUAUAGGAAACCGCUUAAUGUGGUCGUGGGCAAGCCCAUUGAGGUCGUGCAGCAGAGGUGGGAUAUGGAUGAGAAGUAUGUUGAUAAGUUGCAUGAGACGUAUGUGCAGGAGUUGACGAGGCUGUGGGAUGAUUGGAAGGAGACAUUUGGGGUAGAGAGGGAUGUGAGGUUUGAGAUUGUGGAGUGA